GGAGAGUCCCGAGCAAACAGAACAGUCUGCCGCCUCUGAAAGCAGGAGCAAGGUCAAGCUGUCUGCUGUGUUCUCUGUUGUUUAUUGGAUGUUUAUUUGCUGGCCUCCUGCACACCCAGGGCACGUUACAAAGAGGCACCGCUGGGGCAAUCGAUGCCUGCUGGGCACAGGCACCCGUGCAUGCUAGCCCAGGCUCUCUGCACAGAAAAGUUCAAGGUUUCAUUUGUGGCUUCACCUGUUGUCCCCACGCCUGGCGUGGACGAUGUACUGCUGGGAGAGAAAGCCCCUCCAGAGGGCCAGUUCGUGUUGCACUUGUCCUUAUCAGUGCAGUGGCCCAGCAGGGGUGGGGAGAGCCGGCCUGUAGAGAGCCUUGUGCCCCACGUGCUGUCCGCGAGCUUGAGCCGGAGCGGAGCUCCACCAGCAGCCGGCUUGCUCUCUGGUCUUGUGCUGUAAGGAGGAAAGGCUGUAGGGCAGUGAGCCUGAACUUGGCUGUUCAUCCACACUGCACUGAAUGAUUGCACAGAGUGGAGUCAAAUGCCAUUUGGGGGCGAAGAGCGAAGAGCAUGCGUCACACUCUUGUUGCUGCUGGAUAUAGUAGGAAGGACCCCUGACAGCCUCCAGUAAUUACCAGCCACAGAACCAAGUCUGCGGGCUGGCCACCUCCCUCUGGAACCUGGGGCUUGAACCAGGUGCCACCCUACGGAUGGGAGAUGACAGCAAACCGGGAUGGCCGAGACUGCUUCAUCAAUCACAUGACACAGGCAAUCCCAUUUGAUGACCCUCGGCUAGAGAGCUGCCAAAUCAUCCCUCCGGCCCCACGGAGGGUGGAGAUGAGGAGGGACCCUGUGCUGGGAUUUGGUUUCGUGGCAGGGAGUGAAAAGCCAGUGGUCGUUCGCUCAGUAACACCAGGUGGCCCCUCCGAAGGCAAGCUGAUCCCAGGAGAUCAGAUCGUAAUGAUUAAUGAUGAGCCAGUCAGUGCUGCGCCGAGGGAACGGGUCAUCGACUUGGUCAGGAGCUGCAAAGAAUCGAUACUCCUCACUGUCAUUCAGCCUUAUCCUUCUCCCAAAUCAGCAUUUAUUAGUGCUGCAAAAAAGGCAAGAUUAAAGUCUAAUCCAGUCAAAGUGCGAUUCUCCGAGGAGGUCAUAAUCAAUGGCCAAGUGUCGGAAACUGUUAAGGAUAAUUCACUUCUUUUUAUGCCAAAUGUCUUGAAAGUCUAUCUGGAAAAUGGGCAGACCAAAUCAUUUCGCUUUGACUGCAGCACCUCCAUAAAGGAUGUCAUCUUAACCCUUCAAGAGAAGCUCUCCAUCAAAGGCAUUGAACACUUCUCCCUCAUGCUGGAGCAGAGGACAGAAGGGGCUGGACCCAAGCUGCUCCUGCUCCAUGAACAGGAGACUCUAGCUCAGGUGACACAGAGGCCCAGCUCCCAUAAGAUGAGAUGUCUUUUCCGAAUUAGCUUUGUCCCAAAGGAUCCAAUUGACCUUUUAAGGAGAGAUCCAGUUGCUUUUGAGUAUCUCUAUGUUCAGAGUUGUAACGAUGUUGUUCAGGAGCGAUUCGGGCCGGAGCUGAAAUACGACAUAGCCCUGCGGCUGGCUGCCUUGCAGAUGUAUAUCGCAACCGUUACCACCAGGCAAACGCAGAAAAUCUCCCUCAAAUACAUCGAAAAAGAAUGGGGAUUAGAGACUUUUCUUCCCUCUGCUGUGCUGCAAAGCAUGAAGGAGAAGAACAUAAAGAAAGCACUUUCACACCUUGUCAAAGCAAAUCAAAACUUGGUGCCACCGGGUAAAAAGCUCUCUGCACUGCAAGCCAAGGUCCAUUAUCUCAAGUUCCUCAGUGACCUUCGAUUGUAUGGGGGUCGUGUGUUCAAGGCAACAUUAGUGCAGGCAGAAAAGCGCUCAGAAGUGACUCUCUUGGUUGGGCCCCGGUAUGGCAUAAGUCACGUCAUAAAUACCAAAACCAAUCUGGUGGCUCUUUUAGCUGACUUCAGCCAUGUCAACAGGAUCGAGAUGUUUACUGAAGAGGAGAAUUUGGUGAGGGUGGAGCUCCACGUGCUGGAUGUGAAGCCCAUCACACUCCUGAUGGAAUCGUCAGAUGCCAUGAACCUGGCCUGCUUGACGGCAGGCUACUACAGGCUCCUCGUGGAUUCCAGGAGGUCCAUAUUUAACAUGGCCAACAAGAAAAACGCAGGGACCCAGGAAACAGGAACUGAAAAUAAAGGAAAGCAUAGCCUCCUUGGCCCAGAUUGGAACUGCAUACCCCAAAUGACCACCUUUAUUGGCGAAGGGGAACAAGAAGCCCAGAUAACAUAUACAGAUUCAAAACAGAAGACAGUUGAGGUUACAGAUGGCACCUUGUGUCCAAAAGACCACCGGCACUUGUAUGUGGACAACACCUACAAUUCAGACGAGCUCAACCAGCCACUGACCCAGCCAGGUGAUGCUCCGUGUGAAGCAGACUACAGAAGUCUAGCUCAGCGGUCCCUGUUGACCCUCUCAGGGCCAGAACCUCUAAAGAAAGCACAAGAGUCUCCAGGAGGAGCUAAAGUGUCCUUUAUUUUUGGAGAUCUCACCUUGGAUGAUGGUAUCAAUGCCCCAACUCUCAGCUACGAAAGACUAUUGGACGAGAGUCCGGAACUGCUGCAGAAGCAGAGGCAUCUCUACAUCAGCAGUGCCAGUGACAUGAAGAACUUGGAUCUCACUCCUGACACAGAGAGCAUCCAGUUUGUGGCAAAUUCUGUUUAUGCAAACAUAGGUGAUGUGAAGAACUUUGAGGUUGCUGAGGGGAUAGAGGAGCCCCUCCUGCAUGACAUCUGUUAUGCAGAAAACACCGAUGACGCAGAGGAUGAGGACGAGGUGAGCUGUGAGGAGGACCUGGUAGUGGGAGAGAUGAGCCAGCCAGCCAUCCUCAGCCUGUCUGGGUCAAGCGAUGACAUCAUUGACCUGACAUCCCUGCCCCCUCCCGAAGGGGACGACAAUGAGGAUGACUUCCUGUUGCGUUCCUUGAACAUGGCUAUUGCCGCACCGCCCCCUGGCUUUAGAGAUAGCUCAGAUGAGGAGGACUCUCAGAGCCAGGCAGCUUCCUUCCUCGAGGACAAGGAGCCGGGCAGCAGUCUGCAAAGUGACGAGAUCCCUGUGUCCCUCAUCGACGCGGUGCCCACCAGUGCUGAGGGGAAGUGUGAGAAGGGACUGGAUACCACUGUUGUUUCCACGCUGGAAGCUCUAGAGGCUCUGUCCGUGUCGGAAGAACAGCAGACCAGUGACAAUUCAGGUGUAGCCAUCUUGCGGGCUUAUAGCCCCGAGUCUUCGUCAGACUCGGGCAAUGAAACUAACUCUUCCGAAAUGACUGAGAGUUCUGAACUGGCUACGGCACAGAAGCAGUCAGAAAACCUCUCCCGCAUGUUCUUGGCCACUCACGAAGGCUACCACCCCCUCGCAGAAGAGCAGACGGAGUUCCCCACCUCCAAAACCCCUGCUGGGGGCUUGCCUCCAAAGUCUGCCCAUGGCCUGGCUGCCCGUCCAGUGACUGACCUCCCGCCCAAAGUUGUGCCUUCCAAGCAGAUACUGCACUCAGACCACAUGGAGAUGGAGCCUGAAACCAUGGAGACCAAGUCGGUCACUGACUAUUUUAGCAAACUGCGCAUGGGGUCGGUGGCAUAUUCCUGCACCAGCAAAAGGAAAAGUAAGCUGGCCGAUGGGGAGGGGAAAGUACCCUCUAGCGGGAACACAGCCGGGAAAAAACAACAGGGGACCAAAACAGUGGAGGCAGAGGAGGAUGUCAAAGGCAAAUUUGGUACUGUGUCUUCAAGGGACAGUCAACACCUAAGCACCUUCAACCUGGAAAGAACUGCCUUCCGGAAGGACAGCCAAAGAUGGUAUGUGGCUGCUGAGGGAGGGGUGGCUGAAAAAAGUGGAUUGGAAGCUGCAACAGGGAUAAGCUUCCCAAGAGCUUCUGGUCUGGGGACAAGGGAGGCCGAGGGGAAGGACGAAGGAACUCCUGAUGGAGAAGCCAAUGAGGUUUCAGUGCUUGGCCAGCAGGACCACUUCUUAACUGACGUGACCUGUAUAUCUGCAGCCAAGGCCUUAGAUAACCCAGAGGAUGCCAACACGUCUACCUGUGACCAUCCUUCCAAGCUUCCUGAGGCAGAAGAGAGUGUGGCCCACCUCUGUGACUACCACUUGGCCAAGCGGAUGUCAUCGUUGCAGAGUGAGGGCCAUUUUUCUCUACAGAGCUCGCAAGGCUCCUCGGUGGACGCGGGCUGUGGUACAGGCAGCAGCGGCAGCGCCUGUGUCACACCUGUGGAGUCCCCACUCUGCCCCUCCUUGGGGAAGCACCUGAUCCCCGAGGCUGUGGGGCAGAGUGCGAGUUACAUUCCCUCAGAGGAGAGAGCCACUGGGCUUCCCAGCCACGGAGCCACCUUUAAGGAGUUACACCCACAGGCGGAAGGGAUGUGUCCACGGAUGGCAGUACCUGCUCUGCACACGGCGAUUAAUGCCGAGCCCAUCUUCGGCACUUUGAGAGACGGGUGUCAUCGACUCCCCAAGAUUAAAGAAACCACAGCUUUGACAGAGCCUGGGAAGGAGAGACAAGGAGGCAUGCCUUCAGUUUGGUCUCAACAUCCUGAAGCUGAUCCCAUCUUGCAACCAUCAAACAUUCACUCGGAAUCAAAGGUGCCAAUUCCAAAUCAAGACCCUAAUGAUUUCUCCCAAGCAAUCCAGGAAUACGGAGAGGCUGUGAGCUGGUGGCCACUUGAUCUGAGAGUGGGGAGCCUCAGGACACCACCCAGCCAGAGGGCUCUGAGGCGGAGCAGCAGUAUCCUCCUAGGAUCUGUAGGUUUGGAGACCUUCCGAGAGAGAACCAAGGGUGCAGUCAGCUUAAAGUGUUCAGGUAUCACAGAAGCACAGGAGGCCAGUUCAGAAAGGCGAGCAGAACUCCCCUUGGGAAAGAAGCUCACCAAAAGUUUUUCCCAAAGCACUAUGCUCUUUAACUCUGAGGGGAAGGUUCCCAAAAGGUCCCCAGCGGCUCACAAAGACUCAAAGCUGUGUAGGACAUUACCCUUGAGGAAGCUGGAAGGCAGCAAUUGGAGAUGCCGGGGACCUUUCAGCUACUGCUUCCUGAACCGAGGACAGGAUGAAGAUGGUGAUGAAGAUGAAGAGGAGGGAGAGGCCACCCACCAGGUCUCUUGUCUCUUUCGACCACAGAUGAUGCAAGCCAUGCCAGAACAAACCAGCCCACCCCUGGCUGUUGGGAUUCAGAAGCAAGGAGGGGAGCUGUCCAGAGAUUCAGUGCUGAAGGUCUGGGCAGAAGACUUGAGUGGCCCAGAUGACAUGGACUUCAGCAACCUGGCUUUUGAUGCUCGGAUUUUAAGAAUAAAUGCCCUAAAGGAGAGCACAUAUGUAAUGCCUGAUGGGUUCCUUGCAGCCCAAAAUGAUGCCAAUGAACUGCUUUGCCUUGUCAGGGCAACCAAGGGGAAGAGAGAGGAGUCACACUCUGAAGCAUACGACCUUACACUUUCUCAGUACAAGCAACUGUUGUCCAUUGAGUCCAGACAGUUGGGAAGUGCCUGUAGGAAAAUGGCGAUGGCUGAGAAAAGCCCAGACGAGAUGCUCCUAGCUAUGACUUCCAGCUUUCAAGUACUCUGUUGCCUAACAGAAGCCUGCAUGCGAUUAGUUAAAGUUGUGAACUCAGAAACACAGCAGCAGGAAAUUGUAGCGAAGAUCAAUGAAGUGGUCAUCAACUACAUUUGUCUCCUGAAAGCAGCAGAGGCAGCCACUGGAAAGACCACUGGGGAUCCUAAUGUUGGACUCUCGACGCGACAUUCAAUCACCAUGGCCGCUCUUGUAAGCACACUAACACGUUCUCUCAAGAUGCUUUUAAAUAAAUAAUAUGAAAGUCACAUCAUAAUCUAUCUUUGCAAAGCCAUACAUGAACUUUUAUUUACUUUGUGUGUACGAUGAACAGAUGUCUCCUUUCUUCUCUCUGUAUAUUUUGUUAUUUUAUAUAAAAUAGGAGAUAAAAGUCACAUUGAUGAGAUGUUGAAAUGUACUAAUCAAAUGUAUUCUGUUUAUAUUAUACUUAUAUAUACAUGUAAAAGAUAUAUACAAGAAAGUGAUGACAUCUGGCUAUUUUUCGUAUAGUUGAAUCUCCAGGUAUAUGAUGUGAAAUUUUAAAUUCUACCGUGUGUGAGCAAAACAAUGAAUCCUAUCCCCUUCCUUCCAAGCACAUACUUGGGGACCAUAUCAUUCAUAUUUAGAAAUAAAAAGGAAGAAAGAAAGAAAGGAGGAAUCACAAUGUAUAUAAACCAGUACUUGUGUUUUAAAAUUACGAUUUUUAAGCAUUGGAAAUAGCAAAAGGACAUUUAAAAUUCAAGAAGCUAUGAUGAAUUAUUAGAGAGUAUAUAUAUAAUAAAUUAAUUUUUGAUCAUAGUGUUUGGUUACAUGAUGCUUUCUUCCAAGAAUCCUACAUAUUUAAUUUUGGCUUAUGCUCUUUGGGCUAGAAAUGGGGUGGGGGUCAAUUCUAUUGUGUCAACACAAAUGCUUUUCAUGAUGUAUCUACAAUUAAAAUAGUUCCCAAAUAGAAGAACAGAGACAAUGAUGGGCAGGUUUCUGGGCAAUACCUAGAGUUAGAUUUUCUAAUUACAUAAAAUGUAAAGAAUUAAUAGCAAAAAUUAAAUUGUUUGAUGGAAAGAGAGAACUGCUUUGACUAAAUGUCAAGAUACAUAAACCAAAGACAACAUAUCCACGCGCCCCCUGCAACUCAACCACGAAACUUAGAAUUCCCUCAAGAGUGACAGAACAUUUAGUGAAGUAUUUACAAAAAUGCAAAAACUAACAUGCAGUGAUCAUCAAGAGUUAGUGCAGAUCCAGUAACAUAAGGCAGACUUUACGCCAGCCUGUGAGUCACAUCUCAGGUCCCAGUGCUCGGCAUAGAGCUCCAUGCAUCAUAUCCUCUACAGGGGUCAAUGCUUCCAACUAGAUUUGGAAUUACAGCCUAACACUGGGACAAGAUUUCGAAUCUGGAAUGUUCCGGAAAAUCAGGGAGAGAUGGCUACUCUAAUAUAGAAACCAUGGUUAAAUAGUAAAGUAUUCAAUGUUCUAAUCUGGAUUGGUUGGCAGAAAUAUGAACACUGAGAUUUAAAAAAAAACCAGAAGUGGCAAAUUUGACCACUUUAAGUGAAACUGAUAGAAUGCAAAGAAGUUUUCAGAACUGUCAUCUCUCUAAAAAUGUACCUUUGGGUCAAAGUAAGAGGAUGCACACUCUGCGAUUGUAAAAUAAAAUUGAUAUGUACAUAUGUACUUUAUGGGUCAUUUACUUCUCAAGCUACACACACUCCUAUUUAUGUAGGUGGCUCCUUAAAAUACAACAGGAGUAUGCCAGCUGCAAAUACUUCCUUUUGUGCAGCCUACUGGGCAGAAGGCAUUACACAAUCCAUAGCCGCUAGCUCUGUCAGUUGUGCCAUAGAGACUCAAUAACAAAAGCCACAUAUAUUUAUAGAUGGUAGAAAACAAAAGGAGUUUAGAUGUGUGUUACUAUAAAUAAUGUUUAAAUGAUAAAACAUUAUUUUACUACAAUUAUAAUGAUAAAUAUUGGUGUUUGAUAUUGAGAAGUAUUAAUGGUGUUUACUGUGGAAAUUUCUGGUAAACAUUCUGUGUACUAAUAUACAUAGUAAUAGGAUUUGUGUUCUAUGUCAGACGAUGUGCUAAAUAUAUCACGUAUUAUCUCAUUUAAUCACAGCAAUCUGAUGAUUUGAGCACUAUCAUUAAUUCCCUAUGGAGGCAAUAUGGUUUAGUAAUUAAAGACAUGGAGUUUGGGGUCAGAAACCUUGAUUUAAAUUUGGACUCUGCCAUUUCUAGCCCAUUCAUCUUGGGGAAGCUAAUGAAUUAGAUUUUCUAAGUCUCAAUUUCCUCAUAGUAAAAUGAAAAUCAGUAAUAUCUAUUUACAUAGGGUUGUGGUGAGUUUUAAGUAAAAUUAUGUAUGUAAAGUUCUUAUCACAAUACUUGGCAGAGUAAAUACUCAAUGUUAGAUAUUAUUGUCAUCAUCAUAAUCAUUACAUUAAAUAUAUUGCCCAAGAUAAAAUGUGGGGGAUGUUUGUUUUAUAUACGUACUGUAUCCUGACUCUGUGCAGAAUACAUUAUGUGGAUUGCAUAUGUACAAAAGAAGUGUCCAAGAAAGUGGUCGUUUUUGGUCAAAUCACAUGCCCAGCUAAGAGCAACUUGCCAGUCCAUUCCAGUUCUUUGAAGGGCCUCAGUGAAAUAGCUCUGGGCCUUUCUAAUCAAUCUCCCAUUAUAUAUGGGUGUUCCAGUAAGUUUCUAUUUCUUAUGAACAAACUCUUUACUACUUAGAAAACCUGAAGGGCCCCCUCCACCAUUCACUGAACAUGAGGGCACCUAAGUAGGGUCCAGGUCCACUGCACUGUAGGAAAAAUAUCAGAAUGAUACUUGUGUUUAUUAUUUUUAUCCAGCCUCUUUUAUGUUUCUGUAUGUUUUACAAUGGCAUAAUAGUACAGUUAUAUAUGUACAUCAUUUUAAAUAAAUUAAUAAGCAUACGCAAAAAUAUUAUCACAGAUAAGCUUGAAUUAACUAAACUUUGGAGAUCACUGAACUAAAGAAUCAAAUUUCCUUAUACUCAAGGUCCUUUACCUUUAGUCCCCAGCCUAUUUUUCCAAGUGUCUCACCUCAGUUUUAUUAAUCUUUUAUUAUAAAACUUAAAAAUAUAUAUAUAAAUAGACACAAUCAUAUAAUGAAUCAAUAUGUACUCAUCACACAACAGUUCAUGUCCAAUCUU